AUGGAAUUUUCAAACUUAUUAGAUUUGGUUUUAGGAAAUUCAAAUUUAAAUCAAUCUAAACAAUUGAUAGAUUUAAAUGAAGAGUUAAUCUAUUUAUCUCAAUUUAUUAAAAACAAAAAUUCUUUAAUCGAUUGGGUUUCUUCAACUGGUAUUAAACAAGGUUUGAUUAAGACUCAAUUAAUUGAAAAAAAGCCUGUCCCACAUACAUUUGAAGAAAGAAUUACUGAAGAUGCACCUGUUAGAUCAUGGAUUACAGGAAUUGUUACUCUUGGAAUUAGCACCAUUGGUGGAAAACUAAAAGAUGAAAAGAUAAUAAUUAAAAGUGUUCCAGUAACAAGAAAAGAAACUUUUACCAAUAAAAAAGAAAUAAUGACAGAUGUUGCUGUCACAGAAGAGGUAACAGUGGAUGAAGAGGUAGAAAAAAUUGUCAAAGAAAUUAAUAUUGUUAAAGAACAACCUGAAAUCAUUACAAAACAAAUUCCGGUAACAAAAUCUAGAAAAGCCCCAAAGUGCAAAGAUGAAAUCAAAAAGGUAUUCGAUGAAUCUUCAUACAACAGUGAUUUAUCUCAAAUUCAAAAUAAUAUAAAUAACUCAAGAAAUAUUAUUCAAUCCAAACUUCGUAGCUAUCAUAGUUCUGGCGUUGUAACUGAUUUCAAUAAAGAGGAGCCAUUACAAACAAAUGGUUUAGAGAAAGAAUAUUUGGAUUUAAUUUCACUUUGGAGAAACACAGAAUAUUCCAUUUUCAAUUCACAUCAUCCAAACAAAUAUUCAAAAGUAAAAACUAUUUUACUUUUAUCCCAAAUGCUUCCAUAUAAUAAAAAAAAAUUCAUUGACAACCCAAUUAUUUAA